AUGGCUUCUGUUAAAGGAAAAAUUCUUAAAAAUAACCCUAGUGAUUUAGAAAGAGAAAUUGCACAAUGUCUGAUUGACAUUGAGUUAUCGAGCUCGUCGGACAUAAAAAAUGAUGCGAAAGAAAUCAAGAUAUUAUCUUGUGAUUUGAUAGAAGUUGAAAAAAUUAAAAAAAAGACUAUUUUAAUCUACAUUCCAUAUAAAAUUUACGCAACUUAUGUAAGGAAAAUACAAAGAAAACUCAUUAACGAACUGGAAAAGAAAACCAAAAAGUAUGUUGUAUUAGUAGCAAAGAGGACUAUACUAAAAGCUAAGCAGAAAACUAAGUCCUUUAAAAUAAUUCCAAGGUCGAGAACUUUGACGAGUGUAUAUGACUCAAUUUUGGAGGACAUUGUAGCACCUAGCGAGAUUGUUGGAAAGAGAAUAAGUAUGAAAGCUGACGGAAAGAGACUAUUCAAAAUAAUGCUGGAUUCUAAAGAAAGACAAAGGGAUAACAUCGAGGAAAAACUUAUUAGCUUCGCUGCUGUAUACAAAAGAAUUACAAGAAGAGACACGGUGUUUACUCUACCACCCACAAACGAGAAAUGA